AUGCAGCGCAGCACUUCUAUUCUGAACACAACAGAGGCACAUCGAGCAUACCUGUCGGGCACCUUCAACAACCUGAGCUUUCUGCGUCGAAAUCGUGCCGGACAAGGACGCCAAGCGCCGCGAGUGCCGGUCGGUCUCAGUGCGGUCUUCAGCACGAGCGUGUCCUGGCCGGAAGCAGGAAGUCCAGAUGCCAAAGGUGCUGCAAUGAUGCUUUGCAAAGCCCAUCGAGAGAGCGGAGCUGGACCAGCCAGGCAAGUGCAGAGAUCAAAGAUCUCCUGGCCAGAUGCCGGAAGCCUGCUUGGUGCCGACGACAUUGCCAUGCUUUGCCAUGAACAGAACCUCUCUGGAUGCAGUUCAAAGACUCGGCGUGCUACCGGUGGGCCUUAG